CUGGAGCGGAGGCGGUGGUGGCGCGUUGGAGGCGGCCAUGGCAAAGCAAUACGACUCAGUGGAGUGCCCCUUUUGUGAUGAGGUGACCAAAUAUGAGAAGCUCACUAAGAUCGGCCAAGGCACUUUUGGGGAGGUGUUUAAGGCAAAGCAUCGCCUGACCGGCCAAAAGGUGGCUCUGAAGAAAGUCCUGAUGGAGAACGAGAAGGAGGGGUUCCCCAUUACGGCCUUGCGGGAAAUCAAGAUCCUCCAGCUUCUAAAACAUGAGAAUGUGGUCAACUUGAUUGAGAUCUGUCGAACCAAAGCUUCCCCCUAUAACCGCUGCAAAGGCAAUAUAUACCUGGUGUUGGACUUCUGCGAGCAUGACCUUGCUGGGCUGCUGAGCAACGUGUUAGUCAGGUUCACACUGUCUGAGAUCAAGAAGGUCAUGCAGAUGCUGCUCAAUGGCCUCUACUACAUCCACAGGAACAAGAUCCUGCACAGGGACAUGAAGGCAGCUAACGUGCUCAUCACCCGAGAUGGGGUGCUGAAACUGGCAGACUUUGGGCUGGCCAGGGCCUUCAGUCUGGCCAAGAACAGCCAGCCCAACCGCUAUACCAACCGUGUGGUGACACUCUGGUACCGGCCCCCGGAGCUAUUGCUCGGGGAGCGCGACUACGGCCCCCCCAUUGACCUGUGGGGUGCUGGGUGCAUCAUGGCGGAGAUGUGGACCCGCAGCCCUAUCAUGCAGGGCAACACGGAGCAGCACCAGCUUGCCCUCAUCAGCCAGCUCUGUGGCUCCAUCACCCCUGAGGUGUGGCCAAAUGUGGACAAGUACGAGCUGUUUGAGAAGCUGGAGCUAGUGAAGGGCCAGAAGCGGAAGGUGAAGGAUAGGCUGAAGGCCUAUGUGCGCGACCCCUACGCACUGGACCUCAUCGACAAGUUGCUGGUGCUGGACCCUGCGCAGCGCAUCGACAGCGACGAUGCCCUCAACCACGACUUCUUCUGGUCUGACCCCAUGCCCUCGGACCUCAAGGGCAUGCUCUCCACCCACCUGACAUCCAUGUUCGAGUACCUGGCGCCACCACGCCGGAAGGGCAGCCAGAUCACCCAGCCUUCCACUAACCAGAGCCGCAAUCCCACCAAUACCAACCAGACGGAGUUCGAGCGUGUCUUCUGAGUGGCGGCGCUGCUGCCUUUCCUUAGGGCUCUGUCUUCUGCUGCUCUGUGACUCGCGCUGUGGAGAUGAUGGAGCAUUUGAGUUUUUCCUCCAGUGCAUAUUAUGUCCAGGGGGGCACUGAGGCUGCCUCCCUGGUUUCCUGGCUCUGGAGAAUGUCCAGAGCGUCUCCACUUACCUUAGGACAAGGAUGGGGUGGGGGAGAGGUGCACCCCACCAGUGACUUUCUAGGUUCCCAGCAUGAUGGGAGGAGGGGCAGGUCCUCACCCAUCCCUGGUUCUUCUCUUGGCCUAAGAAACUGGCAUGGGGGACACCAGCUGGAAUAUGGGCUGCUCCUGGCCUGAGCCUCAGGCGCUGGGGCUGGCAAAAACCUGGUUUCUUCAGUAGGAGAAUUUUAUCAUGUUUGUUUUAUUCGGUUGUUUAAAGACAUUCCUGGACACAGUUUGACCAGUUGCAAUUAAAGUUGAUUUUUUUUUCUUUUUUUUCCCCCACUAA